AAAAGUUAUGCAGUUCUGUGUCUCAAGUCUAUAUAAAUUUGGAUUGAUCCAUUUUAGAAUAGUAUUUUGUUAAUGUGUUGGAUGUUGAAUAAUAAUGGAGUUGGAUUUGAGAUUAGGAAAUGAUCCUUCUCCUUCUUCACAUCCAACACCCCUUCGUUUUUCCCUUUCUUUUCCCUCCAUUGAUCUUCAACAUCAAGCUCACAAUCACAUUCACCAAAACCACCUCCUUCUCCACUCUCUUAAUUCUCCUCCACCACCCUCCGCCCCCGCCUCUCGCCCAUCUUCUCCAACCGAAGGAUCAGGAGGAGGAGUUUUUACGGAGGUGAUUAGCGGAGCGUCGGCUGAUGGGGGAGGAGAAAUAGGUGGAAGAUCGUCAAAGGGAAUAGUUUGGUCAAUAGGAAAGAAUAAUAGAGAAGAAGAAAGAAAAGGGAAAAGUGAGAAUGAAUUGGAAGAAGAAGAAGAACAGGAAGAAAUGGAUAUGAAUAUGAUUAGCAGUGGAAGAAAAAAACUGAGGCUUUCAAGACAACAAUCAGCAUUUCUUGAAGAAAGCUUCAAAGAACACCACACCCUUUACCCUAAGCAAAAGCUAGAAGUUGCAAGAAGGUUGAAUCUUCGUCCUCGUCAAGUAGAAGUUUGGUUUCAAAACAGACGAGCAAGAACGAAGUUGAAACAAAAUGAAGUAGAAUGUGAAUACUUGAAGAAAUGUUGUGCAACACUUACUCAACAAAACACAAAGCUUCAAAAGGAACUUCAGGAUUUGAAAGCUCUAAAAACUACUCAUUCUCUGUUCAUCAACUCUCCCCCUACCACUCUCACCUUGUGCGCAUCUUGUGAACGCGCUGUCGCAACCCCAGUCUCCCGCUGAACAACAAUACUCCAUCCCCCUCCCCUUCCCCCUCUUCCAUUUUCACUAUUUAAUUCAUUGCUAUCCCACUAUCAAUUUUUUUCCAUAUUAUAAUUUCUCUAAGCUCUAAAUUAAUCCUAAGGAAAGGAAGGUUUAAUUCUUUCUUUUCUCCACCGUUGAUGACAUUAUUUGAAAAAUAUUUAAUGUUAUCUUAAACAUCACCAUCUUUAUCCAUUUUUAAUUUAUGGCAAAUUUUGUUA